CUCCUUCUCCUUCUCUCCAACUCGAAACACCUCUCUCUCUCUCUCUCUCUCUCUCUCUCUGCUUGAUUUGAUUUGGUUCUUUCUAAUUUGAAAUGGAGACUUUGCGGUUGGAUUUGAAGAAAGAAUCAGAGGUCAUAAGAGAAGACGACGAGUUCUACGAGGGGAUCGAGGCCCCGAAGUUCGUAGAUCUAACGGCUCCCAAUCACUCUCGGCCCGACGAUGGCUCCUGGUUCUGCGCUCGAAUCGGUUGCGAUCAAAAUCACGAACAAGUCGAUCCCGAUGCUCUGUACAAAAGUUUCCUGCUUCGGGUUAUGGCGGCAAGAAGCCCCAAUGUUCGGCUUCAGAAGACGCUAUCUCGACGAGAUCCAAGGUCAAUACCAAAAUGUCCUCAAUCCGCACCUGCGAAGUCGGCGAAGAGUAGGAUAAUUAGACUAAGCACUGUAACUUCAAUACCGGAGAAGAUGCUUAGAUCCAAGCUUAAAGAUCACCCGAUUUCGAAAUUGAACUCGACCCCCUCCGCCAACCGAUUAAAUGCGAGAGAAAAAGAUCUUACAAGCGAAAAGUGCUUGACGACACCGAGGAACAGGAACUGCUUAACCAAGAAAGAGCCGUUUCUAAGCGCAAAACAUCAUCACAAAGCACUAUUUUCAAAUAUAAAAGAGGAAAAAAUUGAAAGUAUGACUCCUUCUGAUGGCCGAAAUCAAGUUUCUGAGGUUUGUAAUAAGAUGAGGAAGCUCAAUAUUAGUAGUUUAAGAAAGGAUGUGCCUAGUAGAUACCUUUGCAUUUCCUCUACUUCGAAGGCUACUUCGGGAAAAGGUGAAGAGUCUGCGAUCAAGAGCGCAAAGAAAGGUAACGAGUCUGCGAUGAAUUUGAAGAAGAAGAAGAAGAGAAUGAGUUGUUCGCUGAAAUCUGAUCGAAUUACGGGUCGAAAGUGUAACAUUAAUGAACCUAACGAGGCUGAGGUCGAUGACAAGUCGGGCGGUAGUUCAAGUAUUUCAAAGGGCGAUGCGGAGGCUUCCUCUUUGGAAGAAUCAACUUCAGUUGAAAGGGAGAAGGAAGACAUCGAAAAGGAUUCCGACGAUAACAAGGAAAACCUUUCGGAAAAUGAUAAAACUGGCGAUGCUAGAGAAGAAACUUUGGAGAAGAUAAACCAAAAAGGCCAGAAAUUGCAGUCGGAGAAUUGCGGGAGUAUUCCUCAAAAGACACUUAAUGCAUCAUAUAAAACCUCUAAAGGAUGUCUAAAGGAUGGAGGGAAGUGCAAGAGAACGACAAACCCGAGGCCGUUCCGACUCAGAACUGAUGAAAGAAGUAUCCUUAAAGAAACGAAUUCCGACAGACGACGGCUCCAGAUUGGACCUCUGGAGAAAGAAGGCCAUGGAGACGGAGUGCGGCAAAAUGAGAACUCUUCCCACAAGCAGGGCAACCAAAAUGAUGUGGACCAAAAAGAUGCAAGUGUUCACGGCAACAAAAGCAAAACUGAUCGAACUAGGACAGGAAGAAUUGUACAAUCCAAAUUGUUCAUCAACACAAAGUGCGAGAAGUUGGAAAGUCACAAGGAGAAGGUAAUGAAGAAAUCAAAGAAGGAGAUUGCAAAAGUGGGAUCACCUAAGAAAACUAUAAAGACUACAAGUUCUACAUCAGCAAAGAAAGGGCCAUUCUGCAAAUCGGAAAAAGAGAAGGGAAAUUCCGCCAAUAGAGCGAAAAUUUCGAAAGGAGUAAGAUCUACGACGGUACCGAAAGAGCCGAAAUUUCAACAAAUACACUUCCCCAAGGGUUGCACAAAGAGGCCACAGAUAGUGAUGAAUGUGAACUAAAGGGUUCAAUUUUUAUUCCCCUGCAUUCAAUCAUUAUAUUGAAUUCACUUUGGGUGGCUUUUUGGUAGUUACAUAGAAUGGGAACAAUCUUAGUAUGGAAAUGUUAUAUUGCCCCUUUGAUACUUAGAAUUACUACCCUAGGAAAAACAACUAAGUUGCCCACUUGAUGUGUGAUAUGGGUGUUCUUAGAAUUGCUAUUGAAUGGGAAUGAUCUUGUUAAAUUUGAUGUAACACUCUCAUUGAGGAGAAUGAGGAAUCCUAACUGAGAUUUAUUAGUGUAGUUUUCUACUAGAAAAUAAGAGUAGGAAUUU